CCAAAACUCGUGAUUCUAUACCUGAGAGUAUGAAAUGGCUGCCUCCGGGCGAUAAUGAGAAGGAUUGAGUCUAGUACAGAGCAGAUCAGAAUAAACACGAUGUAGCUGCAUGUAGGUGUAUCGUGUUAGAUAAACCUAAUGUAGCUCCUGCGGUAGGUAUAUGGAAUUAGACUUCUGUAACCUGUUCAUGCGACUCUAGCUGCAUAGUACACCGCCAGUAAGGACGAUUUCAAUAUGGUGGAAUGCAUUAAUCCUGGGCUGACGUUGGUGAAAUGAAGGCCUCUAGAAUGUUUAUCUUCCUCCCAGUCUCCCGAUGCUGUCCGUCAUUACUGUCGCUGUGACGGCGUCCAAUACUAGGGGUGGGGUGAAUGGAGAAGAUCACCUAAUAAUAGGUAUCCAACCGGCUGCAAGGUGUCUCUCGUUCGGAGGCGCAAGUAGUGAUCCUGCGUGGAUGAUCAAACCAGCCUCUUUCCUGAUGGCAGUAGUCAAUAAUGAUGUGACCACUUCGAUAGUACAGGAAAUGGAAUGAAGCCCGUAAUUGAGGGCGCCCCCACUUUGCGGUGGACACAAAACUGGCUCCCCCAAGUAAGAGUAGCUCCAUUCCGUGGCUCAUACGCAACAAUGGGCCUUCUAGCGAGCGAGUAAUGUUGCGUUUCACCUGCCGGGCCG